UUCUCAUUACUUACUUUCCAAAUAUAUAUCACAGUACAAAUUGCCUGAUGAUAGAGUUACUGUGGCGCUGACAUUAUUUUCUAUUUGGGUUUUACAUAAAGUUUUUCUWCAAAAUAUAAUGAAUUAUAGAUAAGAUAUUAAAUAGUAAUACGGUGACACAUUAACGAGCUAUUGGGGAAGAUUGGAGAGAAAAAAACCCUCAACGGAACUCUUAGUUCCUUUUAACUUUUUAUCGUUAUUAUGGACAGAAAGAAAAUAGUUUGGUCUUUAUUGGUGUUCACUUUAGUUCAUCUAUGGAUUUUACCGUUAAUCAAUGGAGCAAUUGCAGUAAAAGGACUUAAAAAAGAACGAGUAAGCAGAGCUAUUCCACAACAAGAACUGUUUCGAAAAAUGUUUAUGCCUGCGUCUCCCUUCGAUGAAAUGUCAAUGGUGGGCGCUGGUGUAGAAAAACCUCGUCCACGUAUGUUGUCACCUGGAUACUACUCACAGGAAUGCAACGCUCACAAACCGUGUGAUAAAGGUCGUUAUUGCCAUAUGUUCUUAUGUGUACAUUGUCUAAAAGAGAAUGUUGCGUGUACACAAAAUGGACAAUGUUGUGCAGGACAAUGUACUUACGGUCGAUGUAAGAAAGACGCCCAGGAAGGCUCUCCAGGAACAUUUUGUGAUCGUCAUGACGACUGUAGAGAUCCACCAGGAACAUGCUGUGUGAGAGAGCCUGCGAUCAACCCGCAUAUAUCGGUAUGUAAACCUCCUCUAGAAGAGAACAUGGUCUGUGGUCCUAUUAACUUUUUCAAGAAUGUCUACGUCGGUGCUCAAGUACAACGAUCAUGUGGCCCAUGCAAAGAGGGAUUGAUGUGCAAACAAGUCGGAAUAUUUGGUGUCCAUGAAAUCUGUGUUAGAGAAGAUGACAAAAAGAAAUAAAUAUCUCGAGACUCUAAUAUAUACCCUGUACAAAGACUAAAUGCUGGAAAGGCGAUGAGAAACAAUCUGUGACUAGCAUCAUAUUAUGCAAUAUAAUGAGAGAAAACCAAAGGGAAGAAAGUUAGGGGAAUAAUACUGCCCUCCCUACCUCCUAUGGUACACCUUGACGGUAUCUAUCUUCCUCUGUAAUCCAGUGGAAUCGUGCAUUUUUUUAUUAUAAAGCUUUUGGACAGCACGCUUGAGCAAAUUAAAAUCAAAAGAAAGUAGAUUGAUCUAGUGUAAGUGUAGAAAAUAGUUAUUAAACAAAAAUAUCUCUUAGAAGGAAGAUACCAUAAUAAAGUCCAUUUAGGAAAAGAUAA